UGCAGCGAUAAAAUCUACGACUGUGAAAGCAUGCACGAUCAAAUCCCAAAGAAAAGCUUGGUUGGUCCUCCUCACACCCUCGUGUCUCUUGCCCCGACGCGUUGACGUGUUGAUAUAGGCACACUCUCACACGCGAUGAGAAGCUUGCAUACAUCGACGCCGAGAAAUGCCUCAUGAAGCUACCAGCGAAGCUGGGUCUCAAAGGGCCUCGCACCCGCUUCGACGAGUUUCAAAAGUUGCAUGUACUCGCGACAGAAACCGUCCACUUUGUAGGCGCGUUCCUGCCAUUCCACCGGUACCUCAUGCACGCCCAUGAACACAUCCUCCGAACAGACUGCAACUAUACUGGCGCUCAACCCUACUGGGACGAGCCUCUCGACGCUGGCAAUUUCUCUUCUUCUGUCGUACUGGACCCAGUCGCCGGUUUCGGGGGCAAUGGCACAGGGCCGAAAAAUUGCAUUACCGACGGGCCUUUCAUGGACUAUGUCAACGCCAUUGGUCCAUUUCAACAGGUUUCGGACCACUGCAUUGAUCGAAAGAUCGACGAGUGCGCGAGUGCGCAGGCGGCUGCGAAGAACGUGGAUCAGUGCAUGGCUUCGGGCAACUAUUCCACGUUUUGGCCAUGCUUGGAGAAUGCCCCGCACGGUGCCGGCCACGGUGGUGUUGGUGGACAGAUGACGAACUUGUACUCAAGCCCUGGCGACCCGCUCUUCUAUCUUCACCAUACAUAUCUCGACAAGCUGUGGUGGGAAUGGCAAAACCUCAACCUGUCUGCUCGACUCACCGACAUCUCUGGCACGAACAAAGGAAUCCUCGGAGGCUUCCCUGGUUUUCCCGGAUUUCCUGGCAAUGGGUCUUUUCCCGGAUUUCCUGGCAAUGGGUCAUUUCCUGGACUUCCUGGUAAUGGAUCCUUUCCUGGCUUUCCUGGCAAUGGGACUAUCCCUGGCUUUCCUGGAAAUGGAACAGGCCCUGGAUUUGGAGGCUGUCCAGGGUUUCCCGGAUUGCCAUUCCCCCCACAAACGUCCUCUGCUGCCGGGGUUACAUCCUCAGACUUCGCGAAGAGCGACGGUGAUCCUGGCGAUGUUACUACGUUGGGGCACGUGCUCACUUCGUUCGGAAUGUUGCCGAAUGCGACAAUUGCAGAUGUUAUGGAUACGCAAGGUGGGCUGCUGUGUUAUGAGUAUGUUUGAUGGACUUGUUCAUUCACGGUAACUGGUGUGUGUACUCGACUGAAACGCAAAAUGACGAGUUGAUUUCCUUGAAUUGUGUUGUCAAGUGCGACACGAAACGCUGUAUAUUGAGAUAUAGUAUCUGGAAAGGAAUAUGCAGCAGCAGCACGAGAACUAUGUACACCAAGCCUG